AAAUCACAGAAACGUUAGUCUAUGAUCUCUAUCGACCACCACUCACACAUUCUACUCACACUCACAAAUUUGAUUGGCUGAUUUGAUUUUAACUUAGUGAAAUACACGUCAAUGGUAAACACGAAUUCAAAAUCUCAGGAACUUUAUAAUUGUGGAUGUAAAUCACUUCCUAAAAGUUCAAGACGAAUAAUAUGUUUUUAGUAAUCCUUUCUCUAGCAACGUUGAUACAUUUGAGCCCUGAAGUACAUUGCGGACAAUCCAAAGAGAUACUCCACCAGAAAAAAUUUCCCCCAUGCAAGGCAUGUAAAGUUUUUGUCGAUAGUUUCAAGAAAGGUAUAGAACAAACUUCCAAAGGAAAAUUUGAGGGGGGUGAUGCUGCAUGGGAAGAGCAAAAGCUAGGUUCCUAUGCAAAUAGUGAGAUUCGUUUAACUGAAAUACAAGAAAAUAUAUGUAGUGACGUUGAAGAAGGCAAAGAUCAAUGUUAUUUUAUUCAUGAAGAAAACGACAGUAUAUUGGAAGAAUGGUGGUUCCAUAAACAGAAAGAAGUUCCAGAUAUCUUUGAAUAUUUUUGUAUAAAUAGAUUAGAAUUAUGCUGCCCUGAUUAUCAUUUCGGUAAGAAGUGUGCACCAUGUGAAGGUUAUCCAGACAAUAUAUGUAGCAAUAACGGAAAAUGUAACGGCUCGGGUACCAGAAGAGGAAAUGGCACAUGCAUAUGUAAUGCAGGUUAUAGCAGUGAAAAAUGUGACCAAUGCAGCGAUGGAUAUUUCGAAUCCUAUAGGGAUGAAAAGAAAUUAAUCUGUAGCAAGUGUCACUCGUCUUGUGAUGGGCCUUGUACGAAAGCAGGAACUACAGGUUGCAUAAAGUGUAAGGAAGGCUGGGUAUUGGAUGAUGACAAAGGUUGUCUGGAUAUGAACGAGUGCGAUUCAUCAAAAUCCCCUUGUAGAGUUGAACAAUUUUGUGUUAAUACUGAGGGCUCCUAUCAUUGCAUUAACUGUGAUAAAUCAUGUAAAUCCUGUACUGGGGAUGGGAUAAGCAACUGUAAAGAAUGUGCGAAUGGUUAUACUAUGAGGGACAACAUAUGUGUUGAUGCAGAGGAAGAGAGCCGUAAGCAGAAUAUUAAUAUCACCAGAUAUUUAUUUUACCUGGGCUUGAGUAUAGCUACUUUUAUACUAUUCAACAGAAACACUGUGUUAGCAGCCUUCCUGGGGAUAGCUGUAGCUAUUUAUAUUUUCACAUCAGAGUACUUCCAAACAUUAUCUUUACCAGAAGAUGUCACUUUACUACAUACAACUCCCAAAUGAUUUUCAUUUGAUUUUUUAUACUCAAUCAUUUGAAUAAUGGAGCUUGUUAUUAAUAUUAUUGUGGAAUAUAUGUUGAAAAUAUAAGACAAAAUUGUAGACAGUUCCAAAUAAAACAUUAAAACCUUCUUGCAUUUAAA